AUGGACCCUGUUAAGCCUCAUCAGCCGUUCUCUGACAUGUACUCUGAGGUUAUCGUCAGCUCAAGCGCAGAUGUUCAGGCUCCUACCAGGAAAGAGUCCACGGGGCCUGAGAGCAGUGGGGACGGGGUGAGGCGAGCGAGACCCCACCCAUCGCCGUCCCGCAGGAGACACCGCACCACCUUUAGCCCUGAACAGCUGGAGCAGCUGGAGUUAGCCUUCAGACACAACCACUAUCCUGACAUCUAUUACCGAGAGGAACUGGCUCAGGCCACCAAACUGAAUGAGGCCCGCAUACAGGUUUGGUUCCAGAACCGACGUGCCAAGCAGCGGAAGCAAGAGCGUGCCACCCAGAAAGUGCUGCCAGUAGGUGUGCUGCCAGGACGCGCAGCUCUUUUGGGCAGCGUUCGUGUGACCCCUGCAGGCGCGGCAAGGCAGUACCAGUGUCCUCACUCCCUGCCCCACAUCCCCAGAUUCUCCUCAAUGCUGCCCUCUGGUGGUUACUCCCCCCACACAGGAGCAGCCACUCAGCUGGCCUGCCCUUCAGCGCCCACUCCAGCACAGCCCGCCAGGCAGCAUGAGGACUGGUACAGCCAGCUGUGCAGCAUUGGAGCUCCAGGCACCAACCUGCCCCAUGCCUCAGUGUUCUCCCUGACCUCUAUGUCAGCGCUGGAGCCAGCCGCUCACUGGAACUAA